AUGUCAUUUGCUUUUAUCCAGCAGCUUCUCAAGGAAAGGAUGGAAAAGGAGCCAAAAGCUUCGUGUGAGUCAAGAGGUGCAGAAGUGCUGCCAAGCAUUGGUUCCCACCAUGGCAGGAACGACUCCUGGGGUGGUGAAUUCCAAAGAAACGGCUCUGUGGUGGCUGGCACCGACUGCAGCAGGAAAGUCAUGCAGAGAGAGGAACAAGGCAGCAGGCUGGUAAGAAAGAGAAGCCAAAGUCACCCAUUAAUCCACAUGCAAAGUCCUAUUGAAGCUGCUGCAGUGAAAGCUCUCACAUGCUGCCCUGGAAAUAACCCCGGCCAUGAUGUGGUGAGAUACCCUAGACACCUCUGCUGCGAGAGGAUGCGGGACCUGACUGUUCCAGAUCAGGCUGAUAAAGAACAGCGGAUCCAAAUAGGCGUGCGGCGAGGCGGCGCGAGGCCGUUCGGGUUGGUGGUUCCCGUCAGCACCAGCGCCGAUGGCAGCUUCGUGUCGCACGUGGUGUCGGCCGGCGGCCAGCGGCGCCGGCCCCUGCGCCUCACGCCCAACACGCGCCUGCUGGCUCCCGGCGCCGUGGUGGAGUGGCACCGCGACCCGGCCAACGCCAGCCGCGGCGCCGAGCGGCCCUGGAGGAGAGAGCCCCUGCGCGCCAGCUGCGCCUACGUGGGGGACAUCGCCGGCGUCCCCGGCGCUGCCGUGGCCAUCAGCAACUGCGACGGGCUGGCUGGAAUGAUAAGAACUGAUGAGGAUGAGUACUUCAUCGAGCCUUUGGAGAGAGGGAAGCAGAUGGAGGAGGAGAAGGGCAGGAUGCACAUGGUGUACAGGCGGUCGGCGGUGGCGCAGCGUCCCAGCGCCCUGCUCCCCGACGUGCACACCGAAGAGUCCCUGCUGGCUGGCCUGGGAGCGCUGAGUUCCCACGUGGAGCAGCAGCUGAACGCGACCCUGCGGCGCCGCCGCCACGCGGGCGACAGCGACCACAACAUCGAGGUGCUGCUGGGCGUGGACGACUCCGUGGUGCGAUUCCACGGCAAAGAGCACGUCCAGAACUACCUCCUCACCCUCAUGAACAUCGUGAACGAAAUUUACCACGACGAGUCGCUGGGCGUUCACAUCAACGUGGUGUUGGUGCGGAUGAUCAUGUUGGGGUACGCGAAGUCCAUCAGCCUGAUCGAACGGGGGAACCCCUCGCGCAGCCUGGAGAACGUCUGCCGCUGGGCCUACCAGCAGCAGAGGCCGGACCCCGGCCACGCCGAGCACCACGACCAUGCCAUCUUCUUAACCAGGCAAGAUUUUGGGCCCGCUGGUAUGCAAGGAUAUGCUCCUGUGACAGGCAUGUGCCACCCGGUCCGGAGCUGCACCCUCAACCACGAGGACGGCUUCUCGUCAGCCUUUGUUGUUGCUCAUGAGACUGGGCACGUGCUGGGCAUGGAGCACGAUGGGCAAGGGAACAGAUGUGGGGACGAGACGGCGAUGGGCAGCGUCAUGGCCCCCUUGGUGCAGGCCGCCUUCCACCGCUACCACUGGUCCCGCUGCAGCGGCCAGGAGCUCAGGAGAUACAUCCACUCUUAUGACUGUCUUCUUGAUGACCCUUUUGAGCAUGACUGGCCCAAGCUUCCUGAGCUGCCAGGCAUCAACUACUCCAUGGAUGAGCAGUGCCGCUUUGACUUCGGCGUGGGCUACAGGAUGUGCACAGCUUUCCGAACCUUUGAUCCAUGCAAGCAGCUGUGGUGCAGCCAUCCCGAUAACCCCUACUUCUGCAAGACCAAGAAGGGACCUCCCCUGGAUGGCACGGAGUGUGCCCCAGGAAAAUGGUGCUACAAGGGUCACUGCAUGUGGAAGAACACCAACCAGCUGAAGCAGGAUGGACACUGGGGACCCUGGACCAAGUUUGGCUCCUGCUCACGGACCUGUGGAACGGGGGUUCGCUUCCGCACGCGCCAGUGCAACAACCCGAUGCCCAUCAAUGGAGGUGACGACUGCGCCGGGGUCAGUUUUGAGUUCCAGCUGUGCAGCACCGAGGAGUGUCCGAAGCACUUUGAGGACUUCAGGGCGCAGCAGUGCCAGCAGCGCAACUCCCACUUCGAGUUCCGGGGCAGCCGCCACCACUGGCUGCCCUACGAGCACCCCGACCCUCCCAAGAGAUGUCACCUGUACUGCCAGUCCAGAGAAACAGGGGAUGUGGCUCAUAUGAAGCAGCCGGUGCACGACGGGACUCGCUGCUCCUACAAGGAUCCCUACAGCAUCUGUGUCCGUGGGGAAUGUGUGAAAGUGGGCUGUGACAAGGAAAUUGGCUCCAGCAAGGCUGAGGACCAGUGCGGGGUCUGCGGCGGGGACGACUCCCACUGCCGGACCGUGAAGGGCACCUACACCCGCACUCCCAAAAAGCUUGGGUACCUUAAGAUGUUUGACAUCCCUCCCGGGGCUCGACAUGUGUUUAUCCAAGAAGACGAGGCCUCUCCUCACUUUCUUGCAAUCAAGAACCAGGCUACGGGACACUACAUCCUGAAUGGGAAAGGGGAGGAGGCCAGAUCCCGCUCCUUCAUCGAUCUGGGCGUGCAGUGGGAGUACAGCCUCGAGGACGACGCGGAGACGCUGCACACGGCCGGGCCCCUGCACGAUGCCGUGGUGGUGCUGAUCAUUCCUCGGGAGAACGACACCAGGUCCAGCCUGACUUACAGGUACAUCAUCCACGAGGAUUCGGUGCCGACCAUCCACAGCAACAACGUGCUGCGGGAGGACACGGACACCUUCGAGUGGGCCCUGAAGAGCUGGUCCCAGUGCUCCAAACCCUGCGGCGGAGGGUUCCAGUACACCAAGUAUGGGUGCCGCAGGAAGAGUGACAGCAAGAUGGUUCAUCGCAGCUUCUGCGAAGGCAGCAAAAAGCCAAAGCCCAUCCGCAGGAUGUGCAACCUGCAGGAGUGCACAGAGCCCCUCUGGGCCGCAGAUGAGUGGGAGCACUGCACCAAAACGUGUGGGAGUUCUGGCUACCAGCUGCGCACGGUGCGCUGCAUCCAGCCCCUCGCAGACGGCACCAACCGCUCGGUGCCGGCCAGGCUGUGCGGCGGGGAGCGGCCCGAGAGCCGGCGCGCCUGCAACCGCGCCCCGUGCCCCGCGCCCUGGAAGGCCGGGCCCUGGUCACAGUGCUCCGUGACCUGCGGGGAGGGCACGGAGAGCCGGCAGGUGCUGUGCCGCGCCGGGGACCGCUGCGAGGGGGAGCGGCCGGAGUCCGUCAGGCCUUGCAAACUCGCUGCCUGUGACGAUGAGCCCUGCCUGGGAGACAAGUCCAUCUUCUGCCAGAUGGAAGUGCUGGCCCGGUACUGCUCCAUCCCUGGCUACCACAAGCUGUGCUGCGAGUCGUGCAGCCGGCGAAGCGGCGGCGUCCCUGCGGCCGGCGGGGCCGGCGCGGAGGGGGACGCGGCGCUGGAUCCGCGCAGCCUGCCCGGGCCCGGCCCGGCGCCCGGCCCCGAGCCCGAGGGAGCCCGCCUUCCGCACCGGAGAGCUCCUCCGCCUGGGAAGACCUCCCGGCUCUUGGCUUUCCUGCGGCCGUCCCCUGCCAGCAGCGGCGGCCUGGGCCCUGGUGGUGCCGCGGCGCCGGCUCUGCCUCGGGUGCCAGCAGAGAGCACGGCGGCGGGGGCUCCUGCGCCAGCCAGGACCUCCGGCGAGGGCGAGGAGCGCCCUGGGAAGCGAUGGCCUGCGAGGGCUGCCCCCGUGCAGCGAUGAGCGGGAAGGCUCGUGCGGACAGCCGUGGAAAGGGGCUGCCUGGCACUCUGCGAGCGCACUGCGUGCCCCGGGCAGGGCCCUGCGGGGCACAGCUCCUCCCUGGAAAUACCAAGGACAAGAAGUGCUGGCUCACUUUCUGGUGCUCCCGGCCUCCUCCUGCCCCUCAUUCCCUGCCCGGCUGGGACACGCAGGGGAGACGCUACUGGAACCUUCCUGGCAGUGAGUGGGAGUCGCCGAGGGCUCCGUCCAGCUCUGGGCCAGAAGUUAGCCCUCACCUCAGCACCUCCUGUGGUUUUGGGCUCCAAACACCCCCAUCGUAGGCAACACCUCACUGCAGGCAGGACCAGGCGUGGACACUCAGUGAAACACUUGCCACAGACCUCGUGUCUCCCUGCAAACAGACAUUGCACGAGCACCAGUGCAGCUGUUGGGCAAAUGCAGCAAAGCAGCAGCAUUGUAAGAGAUUUGUGCUGUCCCACAGCUGUUCACCUGUAUUGUUCCAUCGAGUUCUGCCCGAUGAGCCUCCCAAGGGCUGGUGUUUAAGGCAUUAGCAUAAAAAGUGGACUUUUAUUUGCGUAGGAAUUUCAUGGCUGGCACUAGGAAAGGGUUGGGGGUGUUUUGGGUAUCAUCAAUGGGAUGCUCUGUGCAGACCCUGUAGGUAUUGCAAGUGCUGGUCCCAGUCCAAGCAGGUUCUGGUUCCCAGCUGCUCCCUGUGUCCCAGAGACACAACGGGCACCAACAACACUCCAAACAGAGGAUUUUUUCCCAACGGGCAGCGUGGAUCUCAAGGUGCGAGAGAUAUUUAUGUUUCCAGUGUGGAUCAACUCGGAAGCUCCCCGCCCACGGCGCACCCGACUGCAAUAAUUAAUUUAUGUCCAUCCCCUUGUCCCAGCCCAGCCGGCACGUCGCUGUACAGUACUUGUGUAUAGGAGUGAGAACUGCAGGUAUUUAUUACAAGUGGGGCUCUUGGCAGUAUCUUAUGUACCAAAUACUUACACUGAGGGCACGUGACUCUUCCUUUUGCCAAGAUCACAUCAGGAGCUGGAAUUAGAUGCUGUGUCAUAUGGGUAGAAUGGAAAUUGAAGCUGCUCAACUGCUGUAGAGAAAUUGUUGAUCUUGUUCUUUAAAAAAGGUUUUUUAUCACAGCUGCUCUCUCAUUUCUCAGUGGUCACCAAAGUUUCACGCGCAGUCGCUGCUCUCCCGUAGGAAGUCCCCAGGACCGAGGCACUCAGUGCUGUGAGGGGAUUGGGGCCCAAAGAUCCAAUUCAGUAUCAUCCUGGCAGCGCUGUGGGGUCCCUCGGAGGAGACAAGGGUGGCCCUGGCCACCAGCAGAGGUUUCAAGCCCACAGGACGGGCACCCCGUGCAGGAGCACGUGGAAAUAAAACAAACCUCGGACAUCCCCAGGCUUUCCCAGCUUUCACUCGCUGGGCAGCACCUGCUUUUGGCAUUUUUAAGUUUCCUCUUUUUUACCCAUUUCCAUCCCAGGCAGGACCU